CGCCAUUCUGUACAUCAAGGAAGACUUCAUUGCGCAGACUCGUCCAACAAUCCGCCACGCACAUGCCACACCACACCACAUCACGUCACACGCCACGGCUAUCUGCCUGUCUGUCACCUCCGCUUCGAGUGAGUCGGUAAAAAAUCAAAAGCGCUAUCACAAUAAACCCACCCACUCAACACAUGGCGACUUUCCUGUCUGUCUGUCCGUUCAUCUGACUGCGCGUGCCGUGCCGUGCCGUGCCGCCUUGAAGCCAGUGCUGGCCGCCAUUAUUCUAUUUAUGUACAGAGACCCUCGCGCGGGAUAUGUGCCGAGGGGGGAGGCCGGGGGGGUGAGGGUUGGCCGGCGGGCGGGCGGAGCGUUGUGUGCCGCGAUUGAUGGGAUGGGACCGUUACGCCGAUCCCUUGCCCUUUCCCUUGCCUUUGCCCUUCCCCGCACCUGGCGGCUUGGUCUCCAGAACCUAGAGGGAGGGGCACACACGCACACAAAAGUCGGUGCAUCGAUCUGACAGGGCUAUGUGUGGCCGCGUGUGUGUGGAUGUGACUGACCGACCUCGUCAAGGGCGAAGUUGUUAGUAUUGACGCCAGCGUAGUUGAUGGCAGUGAAGCGGACAGUGACGGGAUACCGCACCUCGGGGUUCUUGUCAACCACCACAACAUUGCCCUCCUUACCGUACCUGACAAACAAGAUCACACACAUCAGUCACACACAACACAAUCACGACAGAUGCACCAACCACACUCAGUCGUGAUUCCCUCUCGCAUCCCUCCGCCCUCUAUGCCUUUCUGCUGACAUACCAGUAGCUCUCUGGUCGUGUGAUCCUCACAGUGGACCCCUUGGCGACCAUCUGUGGCGCGGUCUUCGGUGCAGGUCUCGCCGCAGCAGCAUUGGACGCACCCACACCCAGCCUGGUCGGUGGCACGAAAGCAGAGCCACUGGCGCGGCGCAGCGACACGCAAGACGACAGCACCACCAGGGACGCCAAGACGGCGACAGACACCAGGAGCUUCAUCGUGUUGCUUGCCUCACGGAAAAUCGGGGGGGUAGAGCCGCUCAAGUGGGCCUUUUGCUUGUCC